AUGGAGGAAAUAGCACCGAGGUCUUCCCCUGUCCCCAGGGGUAGCCACCUGAAACUUGAGCCUGUGCCCAAACCUUCAAAUUGCAAGAAGAAAAAGGAGAAAAGGAAGUGGCUGCAGCAAGAAGCUAACAUCCAGACCCUCACCAGGGCUGGCCUCAGGGCCCUGCAGGCUGGUCAGGCUCAGGAGGCCUUGGGCAGCUUCCAGAAGGCUUUCCUGUUGGCCUCCAAGGUCCUAUCUACCAGAGAUAGCCCUGUUCUUCGAGCCUGUGCCUUUAACCUGGGUGCUGCCUAUGUGGAGACCGGGGACCCAGCCAUAGGACUUGAACUACUUCUGAGAGCCCAUCCUGAAGAGAAGUUUGAAGGCUGGUGUCAUGGUGACCAGUGUUUCAACGUGGCUUUGGCCUAUCAUGCCCUUGGUGAACUGACCCAAGCUUUGGACUGGUACCACAGGGCUCUGGGCCAUUACCAGUCACAGGGGGACCAUGGGGAAGCACAGGCAAAAAUGGGAGCCUGCUACGAGGCCCUGGGAUGGCCUAAGCAAGCAGCCUGCAGUUUACAGGAAGCAAGCCGGGCCUAUGCUCGUGCAGGCCAGCUCUGGGACGCAGCCCUGGCUCAGGUGGCUGCAGUGAGAUGUAUGCUGAGCAGUGGGCAGCAUGGACCGAGUGAGGUACUUCAGGCUCUGGAGGAGAGCCGUGAGCUUGCUGAUGCUGACUGCAGCACUGACCGGGCACUGCUGGGGCCACUCUACAAUGAUCUAGGCAUGGGUUACUUCCAGCUUCAGCUGUUCCCUCUGGCAGUAGAGGCCUUCCUACAGGCCCUACCCCUGUGUCGACAGCCAGCAGAGCAGGCAACAGUGCUUCAAAACCUUGGAAUGGCCUACAAUGUCCUUGGCAGCUAUCAAGAAGCCCAAGAGUUUCACCAGAAGGCUGCCAAUCUACAUGGCUCUGUGGGCCAGCGGUUGGAGCAAGGUCGGAGCUUUGGCGGUCUGGCAUUUUCACUGAGCCAGAUGGGGGACCACAGGGCUGCUUGGGACAGCUAUUUGCAUGCCCUGCAGGCUGCCCAAGACACUGGGGACAUGAAAGGACAGUGGCAGGCCUGUGAGGGCCUUGGGGCAGCUGCAGCCAGACUGGGGCAACAUGAAAAGUCCUUGAAAUACUAUAAGGAAGCGCUGGCCCAGUGUCAGCACGAACCGGGUUCUGUACGAGAGCGGCUUGUGGCCAAGCUGGCGGAUGCCAUGCGGACCUUCUUGGCUCAGGAGAGGCUAGCCCGGGCUCCUAUCCUGGUAACAUGA